AUGGCGGAGAGAACUCGAAGGCCGAGUCAGCGGCUUUGCCACUGGCCCUUCGAGGGAAGGCCCAUGGGGUCAUGGACGGGGGUUCAUGUUCCCCUCGAGAUGGGCAAAGGGCAAGGGAGGCCAACAGAAUGCUGGAGCUGUGAUGCCGAGGUCGAUUCGGCGAGGCACACACUCCAAUACUGCCCAGCCUGGACAACAGAAAGGAGCGCGCUGCAGAACGUUGUGGGGCAGAACCUUGAUUGGAGGGCGAUCGUUACGGCCCUGAGAAGGGAAGACGGGAGGAGAGCCUUCCUGGAGUUGUAUUGUGAAGCGGUUAUCACCAGGAAAGAAGCCAUCGAAAGGGACAGAGAGAGGGCGGCUGGACUACCAGCUCAAGGUGCGAUAAGAAUAGACUAG